AUGUCAUCUACCUCCUUGGCCCAAAUGUUUUGCAUGCAGAUUCUAGAAGGCAAUCGACCAAACGUAUCCUUGGGUAAACUGCGAGCACAUGAUCCGGAUGAUGGCCCAAACGGUCAGGUGACCUAUCGAAUUGUUUGGCCUUCCAAACAGCCCUUGUCAGAUCGGCCAUUUCUGAUGACAGACGAGGGAAAGCUAAUUGCAACCAAAACACUGGAUCGAGAAGCCAACCCGAAAGGUUAUCAGUUCCGAGUAAUAGCGUUCGAUGGAGGCAAACCAGUGGCAUUAAAUUCGACGGCUGAAGUUGAGGUUCUCCUAGAGGAUGUGAACGAUUGUACCCCACAGUUUUUGCAACGACAAUACAAUUUCAGUAUAGAGGAAGACUACGCGCAAAAUUUCACCACUGGACGUUGGGUCGGGCAAGUUAAAGCAGUCGACUGUGACCUCGGACUGAACGGGGCGAUCAGUUAUAUGAUACUCGAUCCCGGUCUGCCGUUCGAAAUUACUCGAAACGGGAUAUUGAAGACCACGCGGUUCAUCGAUCGUGAGAUGCGCGCAGUGUAUCGAUUGACAGUGCUCGCCCGCGACGGAGGUGAUAGGGCAGACGAAGGAGAGAGAUCGCUGCAUUCCGAUAUUCAGGGUUACGAGACGAUCGAAUCGAGCGACAUGUUUAAUCGGGCUGUAAACGAUCAGAAAGUGCGUACCUCAGCAGCUCAAGUACAAAUCACAGUCACAGAUGUGAACGAUCACUAUCCAAUUUUCGUCUAUCCGAAUGCGUCCUCGUAUCAAGUUCGUGUAUCAAUGCACGAAAAAAAGGGAUUUAUCAUCACUCGUCUCGUGGCCGUGGAUAAAGAUACGGGUUCAAAUGGUCAGAUUCGAUACGGGAUCAUCAAGGGAAAUUCAUUGGGUCUAUUCAAAGUGCGCCCGGACACAGGAGAGUUGUUUUUGGAUCGGACGUUAACUUCCGAACAUAAGGGAAACAUGUUCCUUAUUGUCGAGGCCAGUGAUCUGGGCCAACCCAGAGCACAAACCAAUUCGCUCGAGAUUCGCUUGACUAUCACGGAUGAACCAGCGAUUGGUCGUAAAAUAAACAUGCUGGAUGCCACAGCAGCAGGAGGCAAACUGGGUCCGUUUGAAAUGAUGGCGAUGGACAACACGAUAGACGGCGACUCCUCGGGGGCUAUCGAGCUGAACAAAUUGAUUAUGAUGUGCAUUGUGAUUUCCACUGCAGUGGUUUGUGUGAUCAUGAUAUUCGCGAUUGGGAUUUUUGUGAGACGCACUUCUUGUCACGCGUUGCUCGCAUCCCGUCGAAGACGUCCGGGUUCGACCGGAUGCACGGUGAAUGGUGCCACAGCAAAUGCAGAACGGUAUACAAAUCCAUGGGAGACCGAUUCCAAUGGAAAACCCGAUGGAUUUGAAAUGUCCGGAGAUAGCAGACUGGGUACAAGCAAGUUGACGACAUUUUGUAUUUGA